CUGUAUUUUCGCCACUUCCUUUGUUUUAUGACGGCAUAGCAACCAGGUAACUCAAAACCCUUACCUCCAGCGCUAAAACAACCCCCACCGCCGGGCGAGGUUUUAGAGUCGGACCUCACCUUUCCAGGGCUCAGUUUUUCAUUCUAGUGCACUAUCUUUUCCCGUGAAUCUAUUCCCCAACCAGUUCAAAAAAAAAAAUGCAUAAGAACAAGGGAGGCGACAGAGGGCGACAAAUGGGUAGGAAGAACCAGAAGCCGGAAACCAAGGACCAAGAAUUGGACUCCAACGACCUAAGAAUGGACAUGAGGGAGAUUUCCAAGCGUAUUGAGCUCUUGGGCUCUUCUCAUAUGACAUGGAAGGAGAGGAAGGAGUUGGAGAAUAAGAAGGUGGUUGCUCUAGGUGGAAAGCCUCCAAAGAAGCAGAGACUACCUCUAAGUAUAGCAAGAGUGGUCAUGAAGAAACAAAAGGACAGGGAGCAAAAGCAGCUACAAGAGAAUGUGAUUCUUGGACGUUUUGGAGGGAAAUCCGGAGGUGGUUCAAAAAGAUCUGUGGAGAAGCGAAGGCCUGAGGACAGGGUUCUAAGAGCAAGUGAAGGUUACUUCAAAAAUGGUGUACUUGAUGUGAAGCAUUUGUUACGUCCAACAUCAUCCAGAGACAGGGAUGCUGGUGCCCAUGUGAACUUCUCAGGUCCAAAGAAGGGAGGUGGAAAGAAGGGAGGUGGAAAAAACAAAGGGAAGAAGGGUGGUAAGAAGCGCCAUUAAUACAUAAAGAUGGACUCUCUUUUCCCGAACACAAGAAGAAGAUUUUGUUUCCAUUCAUGUGAAUCUAUUGGCAUUGGAGGUCAAACAGUUGUAUUGUGAUUCACCCAUAGAGUUCAGCUUGCAGGUUGUUGUACUGAGAUUAGUUGUUACCAUAUAGUAGGAACUCUUAUAUGUUAUUGUUCUUUUCUUCCUUACAUUUGAAGAUGCUGCAAACCUUGGGUAUCGUGCCCUUGGUUUUUAUCGAAAGGGAUCCUUCUCAAGAUGUAUACAUACAAUUUGUACUUUUGUUCUUUUAAAUUGUUUUUGUAGAAGAUAGAAAUGAUGUUAACAAACUAUAGCACUGCGACAGUGUUUUGUCCA